AUGGGUCUCCGAAACCUCACUGCCAUGGUCUUCAAGUCCUCCCUCCUUUCCAUCCCCCCCUCGCCAUGCUCUCCACGCUCUCCCCUAUUCUCGAAAUCAAUAUCCCAGCCUCGCACCGCGUCUCUACCGUACUCCAAACCCAGCACGACCACAGGCCGUCAGGACUCCCAGGUCGACGUCAAGCCCCCGGUCGAGCCCCUAGCAUGGAUCUGGAAAUGCCAUAUGUGCCAGCGCCAAUACCCCCUCGGCGCAACACGUCGCUGUCCCAUCGACGGCCACUACUUCUGCUCCGGCACCACGAAGCUCCACGCCUGGAGGACGCAGGGCAAGGCCAAGGGAAACGGAAAGGCGAAGAAGCACUACCACGAGGCAUGUGCUCAUGAGUUUGACUUCAAUGGCUGGCUGGCAUACGGCGACUGGCGGCGUGCGCAGAAGAAGAAGAAGACGACGGCCUCGCCGACCAACGCCAGAAUCGACUCGCCGAUGCAUCAGUAUUUUACAAACACCGUUGCGGCUGCUACUAGUCCGGCUGCGAGGACUCGGGCUGGAGAGCCUCGCGAUUGCUGGCAUGCGUGCAAUUAUCCGAGUGAGUGUCGGCAUGGUCCGCUGGCUAUGGCCAUCGAUCGACCCCCUGAGCCAGUGCAAUUUGCUGCGUCGGAUCAGUAUCAGUAUGCUGGUGCCCAAUGUCCGCCUGGCUUGCCAGGGGAUAGCCAGGAGUUCGUUAUCCAGGAUCUCAUGGAGACGAUUGAGGAUGUCGCCGUGGACUACGGGCUUGGCUCCUUGCAAGACCUUCUUGCUGCCUCGCAGGCAGAUUUAUAUGAGCCUACUCCUCCUCCCCCACACGGCUUGCAGUCACCUAGAUCGCCGCCCACCUCCCCGCCGUACGAGUACGCUGAUGGCAUGUACGACAUGGACAUCGAUAUGUGCGAUCAACUAGAUGCUACAGCCUCCACAAUCGAUCAUCCAGACCCCAUAGAUCCCAAUCUACAGCCUCCUGCUCCUCCUUCAUCCUCUACCAGUUCCACGUUCAAGGCACCAGGCACAUCAACAUCAUCUGCCCAACCAACACCCAGUACAAUACAUCCCCCCUCACCCACUACCUCUCCAGACCCCCCGAGCCCCGACACCGACAGCUUCAUAAACGCAUGCGUCGACUUCACCGGCGCAACCUCACCCUCACCCACCCUCGACGCACACGCACACACCCAUCCCAACUCCCCUCCCCUACCCCCGCAGCACUCAUCCGCUCUCCACCCCGCCGCCACUCCAACCAUGCGCAGCCGCACUGAGAACCCCACGAAUUCACCCUUGCCCGCCCUUCCGCCUAAACCUCCACAUGCCAACGUCAACAACGCAACGCCGUGUUCGGCCCCGUACACUAACAGCAUGCCUCCUCCUCCUUCUUCAUUAUGCUGGGAGUAUGAGCGCCAUGCCGGAGACAGAAAGGGUGGAAGUCAUGAUGCUUGGGAUGAGCAGACGAGGAGUGGUCGUAGUCGUGGCGCUGCAGACGGGGCAGGAGGAGGAGGAGGAGGAGGAGGAGGUGGAGGUAGUGGUGGUGGAUUUGGGGACCUGUAUUUCACGCUUGAUAGUGAGUUUUUCAAGGGGGGUGCGAAGAGGGGGCGGAGAGGAAAUGAGGUGGAUGGGCGGAAAGUUAGGAGGGUGGGGUGGGGAUUGGGAUUGGGGAUGGGGUUGGGGCGAGGGGAUUGGGGUGUUGAGGUUUGA